UGAACAGGGACGAAUGCCUGAAUAUAAAUACCUGGGAAGGAAGGUGAGUGCCAGUCCAGGUUGAUCACUGCUGCUGCUGGUGUAGGGGCAAACAGGCUGAGCUCAAGCAAGCAUGAGGGUCCUUACAACACUCGUGGUGACGCUGGGAUUGGUGUGUGUUUCGCUGGCUGAUCUUCUUCCCCAUGGAGGUGGCAGCUACGGCGGAGGUAGAGGUAGAGCCUAUGGUGGAGGCCAUGGUGGUGGAGCUAGCAUAGUUGCUGCCCAGCUUGUUGGCCGACACUCUACCACAACUGGUGGUGGUGGUGGAUAUGGGGGCGGCAUCAGAGGUGGACGUCAAGGGCCUAGUAUAGUUGCUGCUCAGCUUGUUGGCAAACACACUACCACAACUGGUGGUGGUGGUUAUACUGGCGGCAUUGGGGGCGGCAUCAGAGGUGGACGUCAAGGGCCUAGUAUAGUUGCUGCCCAGCUUGUUGGCAAACACACUACCACAACUGGUGGUGGUGGUUAUACUGGCGGCAUUGGGGGCGGCAUCAGAGGUGGACGUCAAGGGCCUAGUAUAGUUGCUGCCCAGCUUGUUGGCAAACACACUACCACAACUGGUGGUGGUGGUUAUACUGGCGGCAUUGGGGGCGGCAUCAGAGGUGGACGUCAAGGGCCUAGUAUAGUUGCUGCUCAGCUUGUUGGCAAACACACUACCACAACUGGUGGUGGUGGUUAUACUGGCGGCAUUGGGGGCGGCAUCAGAGGUGGACGUCAAGGGCCUAGUAUAGUUGCUGCUCAGCUUGUUGGCAAACACACUACCACAACUGGUGGUGGUGGUUAUACUGGCGGCAUUGGGGGCGGCAUCAGAGGUGGACGUCAAGGACCUAGUAUAGUUGCUGCCCAGCUUGUUGGCAGACACACCAGUUCAGGUGGUGGUGGAUACGGGGGCAGCAUCGGUGGUGGCAGCAUCGGUGGUGGCAUCAUCGGUGGUGGCAGCAUCGGUGGUGGCAGCAUCGGUGGUACCAGUUAUGGUGUGAGUGGCGGCAGUGGUUGCUGUGGUGGCAGUAGAGGAUGGUAAACAUCAGAAAACAUUCAUGAGCUAUGGUUUUUCAGCAAUACUAGAUCGUUGUUACAGUAAUCUCGGGUUGUGAACUACUGAAAGCACUGGCAGCAUACUGCUGCUCUUGUGAACUUGGUAUAUACAAUGAUUUACCUGAAUAUUGUUAUUCGAGAUUGUAUUUUAGCUAAAAGUUAUCAUGAGCUCUGUAAAUAUACUCUGAUGGUGCCAGUUACACCAAAGGGGUCAAUAAACCAAUAAUAAACCAAUAUUGUAACAGU